AUGGGCUCCAGCGUUGUGGGCCGAACCAUUGUGCGACGUCCUGUAUGGUGUUCCGAGGAUGGGUCUUGUAUGGAUCUCGUGUUCUUCUCGUGCUUCUAUCCAGUGGGCGGAUUUACUCUUUGGCCAUUUAUAUGUCUCAGAGAGACGCGCGAAGAUCUUGAAGGGGAAAACAUCGACGAGUUCAUCAAUCAUGAGCAAAUCCACAUUGUUCAGGCAACGGAAAUGUGCUGCAUUUUUAUGUAUCUCUUAUGGGUCUUUGACUUCUUCAAGGGCCUGAUGUGCGUUCAGCGCCGUGGCUAUCAGAGCUGCGCCUGUCAAUGCGACGCUAGGCUUUCCUAUGUUUGGAACCGACUAGAACAGGAAGCAUUUGACAACCAGCGUGACCUUGAGUAUCUUGACAAUCGUCCAUGCUUUGCUUGGUGUGCAUACCCAAAUCGUUCUGUUGCAGAGCGAUGGAUCAAUUCCUAUCGUUCCCAAGUUUGA